GAGCCAUCACAGACUUGGAGGGGACAGUCUGUGACCAAGGCUGCUGCACCCCUCCCACGGCAUCCGAUCCCCUGCUCAAGCAUGAAACUCGCACUCUUCACUGUGCUAUCCUUCGGGAUAGUGGCUCUGUGUUUUGCUGCUCCCCAAAAGCCAAGUGUCAGGUGGUGCACAAUAUCCUCAGCCGAAGAGAAAAAAUGCAAUAGCCUGAAGGACCACAUGCAACAAGAGAACUUUGCUUUCAGUUGCCUGCAGAAAGCAUCAUACCUCGACUGCAUAAAAGCCAUUUCGAAUAGUGAAGCAGAUGCCAUUAGCUUGGAUGGAGGUCAAGUUUUUGAGGCAGGCCUUGCUCCCUACAAGUUGAAGCCCAUUGCUGCUGAGGUCUACGAACACAGUGAAGGCUCCACUACCAGCUACUACGCCGUGGCCGUUGUGAAGAAAGGAACAGGCUUCUCAAUAAAUGAGCUGCAGGGCAAGACCUCCUGCCACACGGGGCUGGGCAGGUCGGCUGGCUGGGUCAUCCCCAUUGGGACACUCAUCCACCGCGGGGCCAUCGAGUGGGACGGAAAAGACUCGGGCUCCAUCGAGCAAGCUGUGGCCAAUUUCUUCUCUGCCAGCUGUGUUCCUGGUGUCACCACUGAAGCCAAACUGUACCGUCAGUGCAAGGGGGAUGCCAAGACCAAAAUGUCCCGCACAGGACCUUAUUCUGGAUAUUCUGGAGCUUUUCACUGUCUGAAAGAUGGGAAAGGAGAUGUGGCUUUUGUGAAACACACAACUGUUCAAGAAAAUGCCCCAGCUGAGAAGGAUGAGUACGAGCUCCUGUGUCUGGAUGGCACCCGCCAGCCCGUGGACAACUACAAGGCCUGUCACUGGGCCAGGGUUCCUGCUCAUGCUGUUGUGGCUCGAGAUGACAGCAAGGUCAAUGACAUCUGGAACUUCCUCUCCAAAGCACAGGAAAAAUUUGGCGUGGGCACAACCAGCACCUUCCACCUCUUUGGGCCACCUGGCAAGAAGGACCCAGCCCUCAAAGACUUGCUUUUCAAAGACUCUGCAGUGCAGCUGAAGCAAAUCCCAUCACUGAUGGAUGCUCAACUCUAUCUGGGCUUUGAGUAUUACAGUGCUGUCCAGAGCCUCCAGAAAGAUCGCCUGACCCCCAGCCGCAGAGACAGCAAGAUCCAGUGGUGUGCGAUUGGCAGGGAUGAGAAGAAGAAGUGUGACGUCUGGAGCGUGAUGAGCAACGGGGAUGUGGAGUGCGUUGUGGCAGAGGACACCAAGGAAUGCAUCACAAAGAUCAUGAAAGGUGAAGCAGAUGCCAUCAGCUUAGAUGGAGGCUUUGUCUACACUGCUGGCAUGUGUGGCUUGGUGCCAGUGAUGGCAGAGAGCUAUGAGGACAAUCACUGCGAAUCACAAGAAGAACCAGCAACCUACUUUGCUGUGGCUGUUGUGAAGAAGUCUGACAAGGAUAUCAGCUGGAACAACCUGCAGGGUAAGAAGUCGUGCCACACUGCCGUGGGGAGAACUGCUGGCUGGAACAUCCCCAUGGGCCUGAUCCACAACAGGACAGGCAACUGCAACUUCGAUGAAUACUUCAGCCAGGGUUGUGCUCCUGGGUCUCCUCCCACCUCCCGCCUCUGCCAGCUGUGCAAGGGCUCAGGGGGUGUCCCUCCGGAGAAGUGCGUCGCCAGCAGCCACGAGCAGUACUACGGAUACACCGGCGCUUUACGGUGUCUGGUUGAGCAGGGGGAUGUGGCCUUUAUCAAGCAUUCCAUCGUUGAGGAGAACACUGACGGCAAAAAUACAGAAAGCUGGGCCAAAGAUCUGAAAAUGGACUCAUUUGAGUUGCUGUGCACUGAUGGGCAGCGGGCAAAUGUAAUGGAUUACAGAAGAUGCAACCUGGCCAAAGUCCCUACCCACGCUGUGAUGGCACGUCCUGAGAAAGUAUCACAAGUCCGUGACAUGCUGGAGAACCAAGAGAGGCUGUUUGGAUCAAAAGGAACCAGGAAAGAAGAUUUCAAUAUGUUUGCAUAUGAAUCCAAGGAUCUUCUGUUUAAAGACCGGACAAAGUGCCUGAUCAAGCUCCGCGAUGGAAUGUCAUACAAGGAAUUCCUUGGAGAUAAAUACUAUGCUUCACUUGCCAGCCUCAACACCUGCAAUCCAUCAGAUCUUCUCCAGGUGUGCACCUUCCUUGCAGACAAGUAUGAAAAUAAAAAGGCAAGACAAAAAGGGCUGCUGGAGCUCUCUGCUCCAGAGGAACAGCCUGGGCUCAUCCAGGGUGUCCCAAUCCUGGAACAGCCUGGGCUCAUCCAGGGUGUCCCAAUCCUGGAACAGCCUGGGCUCAUCCAGAGUGUCCCAGACCUGCUGUCAAGGCAAGUGCUGGUGACAGUGGCAGGACACAAGCCCAGGCUCCCCCAGGGCGUCCCUGCCGUCCCAGCGCCUCAGGGGAGAACUACAGCUCCCAUGAGCCCCCGCGCCGCGCCCCUCCCGGCGUGCCGCGCGGCCGGAGGCGGAAGUGUGGCGUGGCCACGUGUGCGGGCCAUGGCGGGCGGGCUGGAGCCGCACCUGGAGGCGCUGCGGCGGGAGCUGGGCGGCCCCGCCGUGCUCUCCGUGCUCGUCGCGCUCAUCGCCGUCGCCAUCACCUUCCUGAUCUGGCGGUUCGUGCAGGGCAGGAAGAGCAGCCGGAAGGCCGUGCUGCUGCUGGGCCUCUGCGACGCGGGGAAGACGCUGCUUUUCGCGCGGCUGCUGUCGGGGCGCUACCGCGACACCCAGACCUCCAUCACCGACAGCUCUGCCGUCUACAGGCUCAGCCAGGACAAGAGCACUCAUGUGACCUUGAUCGACCUUCCAGGCCAUGAGAGUCUGAGGUUGCAGUUCUUGGAGAGGUUCAAGGCUGCAGCCAGAGCCAUCGUGUUCGUGGUGGACAGCGUGGCCUUCCAGCGGGAGGUGAAGGAUGUGGCAGAGUUCCUGUACCAGGUGCUGGUGGACAGCACCGUGCUCAGGAACGCGCCCGCGCUGCUCAUCGCCUGCAACAAGCAAGAUGUCACGAUGGCAAAAUCAGCAAAACUCAUCCAGCAACAACUGGAGAAAGAGCUCAAUACCCUGCGGGUGACACGCUCUGCAGCCCCCACCAGCCUGGAUGGCUCUGCCACAGGGGGCCCUGCCCAGCUGGGGAAGAAGGGCAAGGACUUCGACUUCUCCCAGCUGCCCAUGAAGGUGGAGUUUGUGGAGUGCAGUGCUCGAGGCAGCAAGGGAGAGGAGGGAGAGGCUGACUUGGAGGGCCUUGAGAAGUGGCUGGUGAAGGUGGCCUGAACAGAGAUGGACAGGGCUGGGGGGCUGAAGGGAAAAAGAUGGUCUGGAGCACUCAAAUCUCAUCUUGAUGUAAAAAGAAGGAACUUCAGCUGGAAGUCAGCACUGUGGCGUCUUCUUCUGCUGCUUGUGGGCUUGGGAGCGACGUGACAAUUGCUGGUGGGAUUGCCUCUGACUGUCCCUUCGUGCUGCAAUGUUUUUAUCCUCUCCCCUCUUCCCUUGUCCUCCUCUGGGCUGCUGAACCUCUGGGCUUUCCUUUUUCUUUAAUAUUUAGAUUUUUCAUCUGGUAGUUGCCUAGCAGAUUAGGAAAGGGUACACAGGCAGGUGAGUUUCAGAGGCUGGAGUGUGCCUGUCGUUUCCUGCCAUGGUUUAGACCUCUGUUCCCUCUCAGGGCCACUGACCACCUUAUGGUUGGGGCUGCUGGGGAGCACUACACAAGCUCCCUAAGUUGGGCAGACAUUGAAGAGAUUAUAAAAACCUGUUUUCCUCUUUGUGUCUGCCUUCCCAUUGUUCCAAACUGGUGCAGCCCCAUUCCUGUGGGGCAGGGGGAGUGUGAAAUGCCCAAACCAGACUGCCUGCCCUGCUUUACUCCCUGGGCCCAGCUCUGUGCCCAUGUCUGGUGAUUUCCUCUUUUGAUCAGCUGAGGGCUGUGUCCUGAAAGCUUCACUCUGCUGCUCCUUCCAGGCCCUCCUCUCACAGCCAGGAACAAACACUCCAAGAGUGGCAGGGCUACUACAGGGUGUCAUGGCAUGAAACUCUGAGGUGGGCACAAUUUCAGAUCUGGACCUGCAGCUGGGACCUGUUGUGCCAGGCAUUUGCUGUGCAGUCUCCUGCUGCCUCCUGCUCCAGUGGCUGCAGGAAGGUCUUGCUUUGUGUGUAAUUAAUUAGUCAGCACUUAUGGCAGAGUGAGAGGGAAAGUCAAGGAGCUGCCAGCAAGUGUGUGUGCUUCCUCCUUGUGGCAGAGAUGCUCGAGGAAUAGGGGAAAGAAAAAGGAGAUUUUCCCAGUUUUUAUCUCACUGCAUAUUGCAGAGUUCUAGUGCAGUGACAUUUUCCCUUUGUUUGUGGCUUCCCCUGUUGUUUUAGGGUUCGGGGGUGGCUGGCUCCUGGCAGAUCCUUUUUGUAGUUUGUAGCCCACUCUCCCCCGUGGUUUGAGUCCUCCUUCAUCACUCAACUCAUCUGUUGUGUUCUUUUCUUUCUCUGGGGCUUUUCCUUGCUUUCUUGCAGCAUUGCCAAGUGUUGGGAAGAGCAGGAAGAGCCUUCAGCAAAGCCCUGUGCCUAUAAUGAAGCUGGUCCUUGCAUUUCCAGCCUCAGGAACCAUCCAUGCCGGAGGUGGGGAGGGUUAUAUUUACCAAACAUGUUACAUUCUUCUGUUUCCCUCAGGCAGAGUCCUGUUGGAACGUGUUUGUCAUGCUUUGAACUCCUUUAGCUGGAGGUCUUGGGCUGCCUGCUUCAAAUCCAUAAUGCUGAAGUGAUUUUUGGGCAGAAAAUUGCUGUUUCUUUGGGUGAUUGUUCUUGCAAAGAUGCAGAAGCCAAGCACCAGCCUCAGCUUAAGGGGGGAGGUACCAUGAGGCCAUGGUGGGUUUUAAGUUAUUAUUUUUAAAAGUAUUCCUUAAGUAAAUUCUUUUAUGCUUAAAUGUUUGUUCUCAA